GGUCGCUGUCUGUCGUGCGUGCUCAUAUGAAUGACACGGAAGUGUCUGUCGCAACACGAGAGACGAGGGGCAGUGGAGAUGAUGCUAUGACGGCAGGAGGCAGGGCGAGGCGAUCAGGAAGGAGGAGGGCAUUAUGGGGAUGAGAGGGCGAGAGCGAUGCCGAUGUCUGUAGCGUAGGGGAGCAAAAGAGAAGAGGAAUGAGCAGCUGGCUCUGGCCCGGGGCAAGAGAAAAGGAACGAAGCAAGCAUUGAUCGAUUUGCGUGCUUUUGGCGGAGGCAGGGAGGGAGGGAGGGCGCGAGGGGAGGAUGAUGGUUGUAGCAUGAGGAGGAGGAGGAGGAGCCCCGGAUAGCUGAGAAAAUUUUGCUGUCGCUGCUGUCGGUGUUGGUGCUGGUGCGCUGCUGCUAGGUCGGGUCGGGAAGUUGGGCGAAAGAAAGGGACUAGGGUUUGCUGCUUGCGGACGGGGUGCAAGAAAGAAGAAGAUUUGAGAUAGCGAGGGGAUUGUCAGUCUGCAACGAGGGCUUCUUGUGUUGCGAUCUUGACGGUUGGGGGAUUGUGGAUGAUGAUGAUGAGGAGGAGGAGGAUGAGCAUGAGCAUGAGCGCCGGGGCGGUGGAAUAAGGAUUGAGUGGAUCCAGAGUUGGUGGUGAGAAAGUGUCGUUCUGACGCGCCAGGGUUUGCCCGUGUUCCGGCCGGAUUCGCCUCGGUGGUGAGGCUGGUGGGGGUCACUCCGGUGGGUUUUGGCAGCAGCCUUCACCGAAUCUCCCUGACAUACCAACAAAAUUGCUGCUCGUGCCAUUCCUCCCUCGCAGCUAGCUUCCUUGCUCCCCUGAGCCCCGCCGGCAGGCCUGGGUGGACUCCGGUGCUCUCAUCAUUCUCUCGCCGCGAGCCUUACGGGAUAAACAGUCAAGUUUUAAAAAGAAUUCAUAUCUCCUGCGCAUCUGUAUGCGCCCAAGGAUCCAGAAUUGGCCAAUUGAGGUUGCGAGCAACCAUCUUCACCCUGCCCACCUGUCGCUGAAAUUUUCUCUUUCUUGUCUGAAGAAGGACGAGGGUGAAAGAUUUAUGGGCUAGCCAUUGGCUUGGUGCCCUUUCAUGGGAGGAGACGAUUGCGACGGGCCUCCACCCUUAAAGCGAAUGAAAUUGUCUAUUAGUGCCACAAAAUCUAUACCCGUUGAAGCAUCUCCCGUCUAUCCGACGGGGUUGGCCCCAAUGGCCAGAGACUUGCCAUCUUCAGACGGAGAAACCUUAGGAUGUAAGGGGCAGAUUAGAAAGUUAGAGUUUGUUAGAAUCAUAACACAGGCUCUCUUUUCUCUUGGCUUUCAAAAGACUGCCAAUGUCUUAGAAGAGGAGUCUGGAGUAUCUCUGCAGUCUCCAGUUAUCACACAAUUUCGUAAUGAAAUCAUGGGUGGCAAGUUUGAUGAAAGUGUCAGCACUUUGCGCAAGGUGGCCCCACUGGAGCCAGAAACCCUGAAGUCAGCUUCUUUUCUUAUUUUACAGCAAAAAUUUUUGGAGUUGCUCGAUUCUGGAGACACACUUGCAGCUCUCAAGACUCUUAGAACAGAGUUAUCACCUUUGCAAAUCAAUACUCAAAGAGUCCAUGAACUUGCAACCUGGGUGAUAUGCCCGUCUAAAGAGGAGCUUAAGGAGAAGGCUGAGUGGGAAGGUGCCGGCUUGGAUUCUAGGGCGCGCCUUCUGGAGGAGCUCCAAGAGUUGCUUCCACCAUCAGUCAUGAUUCCGGAGAAGAGAUUGGAACAUCUAGUGGACCAGGCUCUGACUGUACAGAGGGAGGCGUGCAUCUUCCACAACUCUCUUGACAAUGCACUUUGUCUAUACUCAGAUCAUCGGUGCGGUCGUGAUAAGAUCCCGACUAAGACCUUGCAGGUUCUUUCAGCGCACGAGGAUGAGGUCUGGUUCCUGCAGUUUUCGCACGACGGGAAAUAUUUGGCAUCAGCUUCUAAAGACCUCUCAGCCAUAAUUUGGGAGGUUGUACGAGAUGACUACGUGCGUGUCAAGUACACUCUGAAGGGUCACACGAAGGCUGUAUCUUUUGUGGCAUGGAGCCCAGAUGAUACCAUGUUGCUCACUUGUGGCAAUGAAGAAGUGGUGAAACUCUGGGAUGUACAAAGUGGCGAGUGUAAGCACACCUUCAAUAAACAGAACAGUAACUUCAGCUCAUGCGCUUGGUUUCCAGACGGCAAGAGGUUCGUCUCAGGCGGUACUGAUAAGUGCAUAUAUAUAUGGGACCUGGAAGGCAAAGAGAUUGAUGUGUGGAAAGGAGCUCGUAUGCCUCGUAUCAACGACAUUGCCAUUACUCGCGACGGUACUCACCUGGUUAGUAUCUGUGGCGACAAGGAUAUUAGGAUCUACAACAUGGAGCUGAAGGUAGAAAGGGUCAUUGAAGAAGAGAAACCUAUUACUUCGUUGUCAGUUUCCAAAGACGGUAGAUACUUACUGGUGAAUUUGGUUAGUCAAGAGAUUCACUUGUGGGAUAUUUUUGAGGAUGACAAAACAAGUAAACCUUUCAAGUACAAAGGACAUCGACAAGAGAGAUACGUCAUUCGUUCAUGUUUUGGCGGGUCUGAUCAAGCUUUCAUUCUCAGUGGUAGUGAAGACUCCCAGGUGUAUCUAUGGCAUAGGGGUAAUGGCGAACUGCUAGAAGUAUUGCCCGGUCACGCAGGAACAGUGAAUUGUGUUAGCUGGAACCCUGUUAAUCCGCACAUGUUCGCCUCAGCUAGCGAUGACCACACAAUUCGAAUUUGGGGUUUGAGCAAGAGUCCCCCUAGAAGUAAGGGCAGCUGUUCGAGUAAUGGUGGCGUUGACCACCUUGUAAAUGGAGGGACACGCGAGCUUAUGGAAAAGCUGAGACCUUUUUAAGUACCCAAAGCUUUCAUCUUCUUGCCACUGGGUCCAAUCAGCUGUGUCCCAUCAUUCUUUGCUGCCUGUGUAAAUAAUCCUUAUCAUUGAUUUUAGAGGGGCAUAACUUGUUGUUGUGCAGGUGCUGUAUAUGCCAUAGGUUUUGUGUAGUUUCCAGAUUUUAUUCCAUGUUCGACCUAGGUAGAGUAGCUGUCGCCAUCAUCUCUGACGAGGUAGUCACUGAGCACCUUCUCUCGAAAUCACGUCUUACCAUUGACAAGAACACCCAGAGAUUUGCUGAGACGCUGCACGGUGAUCCUUUUGUCUAUGUUGGAGGAUGCUGUGGACAAUCUUCUGUGAGUAUCUUCAAUAUGCGUCUCAGCUAUCCUUAUCCAGGUGUAAGGGGCAUUAAUCAAUGCCAGUGGUCCGUUAUCCCCGUUUGUGUACCAGGCCGUAGUAAGUGGCAGGUGAGGAUAUCUUUCAUCGGUGUUUUGAUAUUCCUUCUCAGGACUUCAUUGUGCAACUGAUAAGCGGAUGAUCGAGAUCUUGCAUAUAAGAGGUCGUCGCUGUGCAUUUCCAGCACACUCGUCGUUUCACGGACCUCUCAAUCGAAGGUCAAAAGAUUAAAGCAUGUUUGCUUGUGUUCAUGUUACCGAGGCUGGCAAGUUGGCCGUGCCAGGUUGGGUCAACAGUUGUCCAUAGCUGGCCAUUUUCAUUGUGUACAUUUUUUUCCUCUUGGUGCAUUUGGGGUUUUCUCAACUUCAGAGUCCAGGCUGUUGGUCACUUUUAUAUCGAGUGUAUAAAUAUGUGAUAAAGAUCACGAAUGAGACCCUCAAUUGAGGGAUUCAUCCAUGAUCGGAUGCCUGGAAUUUUCCGUGUCAUUCCUUUUUGUUGACCGAGGGACUCGGGUUCCGCCGGAAGGUAAAACCGCACUGAAGGAAGUUGAGUCGUGCCAAGUUGCUUGCUGUAUUCAGCUUACGUCGAUAGUUUCUCAUUUAUACUGUUCAUCAGACCAGACUACGACUGCUUUCGUACACACCUGAAGUUCGAAAGUUGUGAUAAUUCGUGGCCAUUGCAUUGUUU